CGGCUACGACCGUGGCGCGGCGUAGGUCGUCUGUCCGUGGGUUAUUGCGUUCGAUCGCGAGCGCGUUGUCAUUCUCGCCUUUGUGCCAGCCGGGUGGAGGUUAAUCGUACUAACCGUUCGCCGAAAGUCAGCCGUCCGAUCGCCGAAAGCCGCUGGUGCUCCUUCGUAUGGAACCAUGUCACGCGGUACGAUCACGAACGAUCGCGCGGUCGACGGCUGAAAACGGCGAGGCGACGAUGACACGUGAAAACCCGUGUCCCUGCGCGGCCGGCUGCAACAACGGAGAUACGAUUUCUCGUGUCGAUGCUUCGAGAGGUCGACGGUGUAUAAGUGCUCGCGCUCGAGGUUCUCGCGGAGAUAAGGACUAUGGCGAGGCGGAGAACGGCAGAUAAAGAAUACAGAAGUGCGUGCCCUUGGUGAACUGUCAAAUGGAAUCUUUCGUUCCGCUUUAUCGCGUGAAAUACGACCUCUGGCGACCUUCAAGGACACCGCGACCACUCGAUCCGGACGUACGUCGCCGCCGAAAAACUGCACUCGGCCCCUUCGAAUCGUCGAUCGCGUGCUUCGAUGCGAUCUUUUCCAUUCGAGAUAUCACGUGUCGAAACGAAACGAUAAUAUAAGUCGAACACCGUGGGAUAAAUUGGCAACUCGAGCUUGGAAAAAAUAGCGGAGAGAUGCGAGAGGAGAUCGCAGAGUCGCGGCCGCGUUGUCGGAAUAACUUCGGAAAGAACGAAUCGUUUGUCAACUGAUGUCGGAGUUCCCAGUGGAGGGAGGGGAAAGCGGUGACAUGCACUCUGUCAUGGAGAACUUCCAGAAGAACAACAUCGUGACUGGCAGAAGUCAUGUCACGCACCAUCCGCAGGUCACCACGUCGUCGCAGAUGCUGACGACGAACCAGAGCCAGAGCAGCAGCAGCAGCUCGAGCAGGGUGGCCAAGUCCUCGCAGAGGAUUCUUACCUCGUCCUCGUCGAGUGAGAUGAAAGCUACCUCUAUGAAGAACGACCUCAGGGAAUUGAAACGCGGCAUAUCCGAGAUGAAGAACAACAUCUCCACCAACUUUUCGCAGCGGUUGCGCAACAGCAUGGAGAACCUCGUUGACAGGGACGGGAGCGGACCGGAAGAAACGGAUUUGACAGAGCCAUUGGUCACGUUCCCCGAUCCCGACACACCACCCCCUUCGACGGGCACGGUUACUCUAACGGGUGGAUCGCCUUCGCAGCUGAGCUCCUUGAACUCGCUGAACAAUCUUCACAACAUGAGCCCGCCGAUCAGUAUGACGAACAUCUCGAACAUGACCAAUCUGCCUGCUGGACAGGAGACGAUGAAGUUCGAGCAGAAGAAGAUGACCACUGCUUCCAAAACCAAGGUCGUCACCGACGGAUUCAGCGCCGAGAAAGCGACCGCAAACAGUGCCGAGAUGAGAGCCUUGCAAGCAGGAGACGUCUCGUACAAGGAACAAAGCGCCGCGACGGCGGCGAGAGCGAGGGUGGAGCUCGACGGCGUCUCGGCGGAGAAAAGCGUCGCUGCUGCGAGGGAGCAGAGAAGCCUGAAAGCUGGCGAUCUCUCGCACCAGGAGAGCAACAACAUGGCGGCGUCCACCAUGAAGCUGCAGAGCGACUCCUUCAGCUCCGAAAAGAAAGCCAUGGCGGCGCAGCAGCAGCGCCAGACGGUGACCUCCACGGGGAUCUUCAACCACGAGAAGCACAUGGCGUCCAGCUCGCAGUCCAGCAUCACGAUAGCCUCGAAAGGUGUGACCUCGAAGUCCUCGAUGAUCUCGGCGGCGAACGCGGUGAACCAGCUGAUGAACGGUAUGAGGCCGGCGGAGGACGAGCUGUUGUCCCUGCCUCUGGACGACCUGGAUCUUCUCUGUUCGAAGUCGAACACCCAGGACGUGGACAGAGCGAUCUCGAAGUACUGCAGCUUCCUGGACAGUUUCGUGGAGCGGCUGAAGGCGGACGACGGGAAGAACGGGAAGGCGCCGUUGCUGUUGAACAGGGUGAACGAGAUCAUCAGGAAAGCGUGGGCGGUGCCGACGCACGGCCACGAGUUGGGCUACACCCUCUGCAACACGUUGAGAACCAGGGGCGGCCUGGACCUGUUGAUGUCGAACUGCGUGGCGAGCGACCACGAGCUGCAAUUCUCCUCGGCGAGGCUGCUGGAGCAGUGCCUGACCACCGAGAACAGGGCGCACGUGGUCGAGCACGGUCUCGAGAAGGUGGUGAACGUUGCCUGCGUGUGCACCAAGAACGCGAACUCGGUGGACCACUCGCGAGUCGGCACCGGGAUCUUGGAGCACCUGUUCAAGCACAGCGAAGGCACCUGCAGCGACGUGAUCAGGCUGGGCGGCUUGGACGCGGUUCUGUUCGAAUGCAGGAAGAACGACGUGGAGACCUUGAGGCAUUGCGCCGGAGCUCUGGCGAAUCUGUCGCUGUACGGAGGCGCGGAGAACCAGGAGGCGAUGAUCAAGAGGAAGGUGCCGAUGUGGCUGUUCCCUCUGGCGUUCCACAACGACGACAACAUCAAGUACUACGCCUGUCUGGCUAUCGCUGUGCUGGUGGCCAACAAAGAGAUCGAGGCGGCCGUGCUGAAGUCGGGCACCUUGGACCUGGUGGAGCCUUUCGUCACCUCGCACAAUCCCUACGAGUUCGCCAAGUCGAAUCUCGCGCACGCCCAUGGUCAGAGCAAGAACUGGCUGGAGAGGCUGGUGCCGGUGCUCAGCUCGAAGAGAGAGGAAGCGAGGAACCUGGCGGCCUUCCACUUUUGCAUGGAAGCUGGGAUCAAAAAGCAGCAGGGGAACACCGAGAUCUUCCGGGCGAUCGGCGCCAUAGAACCUCUGAAGAAGGUCGCCAGCUGCCCGAACGCUAUUGCGUCCAAGUACGCGGCGCAGGCGCUGCGACUGAUCGGAGAGGAGAUCCCGCAUAAGCUGAGCCAGCAGGUUCCCCUCUGGUCCACGGAGGACGUUAGGGAAUGGGUGAAGCAGAUAGGGUUCGCCGAGUGCGCGCAGAACUUCGUCGAGAGCCGGGUCGACGGUGAUCUUCUGUUGCAACUGACCGAGGAGAAUCUCAAGGAGGACAUAGGGCUGACGAACGGCAUCAAGAGGAGACGGUUCACCAGGGAGCUGCAGAACCUGAAGAAGAUGGCGGACUACAGCAGCCGAGAUACCGGGAAUCUGAAUAAUUUCCUGCAGUCUAUCGGUCAAGAGUUCUCUAUCUACACGUACAGCAUGCUCAACGCCGGCGUUGACAAGGACUCCAUCAGAAACCUUUCCGAGGAUCAGCUGUUGACGGAGUGCGGCAUCGCGAACAGCAUUCAUCGUCUGAGGAUACUGGACGCCAUCAAAAAUAUGCAACACAAUCAGCUAGGCUCGUCCGAGGAUGAGUCGCCCGAUAAAUCGUUGGACGUGUUCGUUAGCUAUAGAAGAUCGAACGGCUCCCAGUUGGCUAGCUUGUUGAAGGUGCAUCUGCAGCUGAGAGGCUUCUCCGUGUUCAUCGACGUCGAGAGGCUGGAGGCCGGCAAGUUCGACAACAACUUGCUGCAGAGCAUCAGACAAGCGAAACACUUCCUCCUUGUGCUGACGCCCAAGGCUUUGGAAAGGUGUAUACAGGACACUGAGUGCAAAGACUGGGUCCAUAGGGAAAUUGUUGCAGCGCUUCAGUCGCAAUGUAAUAUAAUCCCCAUCAUAGACAAUUUCCAAUGGCCGGAACCCGAGGAGCUCCCUGACGACAUGCGCGCGGUUUGCCAUUUCAACGGUGUGCGUUGGAUCCACGAUUACCAAGAUGCCUGCGUAGACAAACUUGAAAGGUUUAUGCGAGGCGAGAUACCAGUCAGGUCGGACAUGUCGGGAAUUCCUAGAACCAUCGCGUCCAAAGACGUGACCCAACCGAACACACCGUGCAACACGAACAUUCGACAGUCCCCUAAUUAUCAGCGAAUGCACAGCAACGAGAGCAGGGGCAGCGAUAAAGAUUCAACAGGUGGGCGGGAUUGACUAGAGGGCCCGCCCACAGCUAUACCGAGCAGAUUUAGAAAAUCGUCGAGUCCGUCCCGUUGGUUAAUGGGCCUGCCUCCCACGUCCCCGCGAUUGAAGUUCACCCAUACACACCCCG